GACCUCUCGCGCGUUCCUGGGGCCCCAGCAGAACUUCAAGGCCGGCACCCCGGUGCCGUAUAUAAGCCUGGGCUCUGCCACACACCGUAUGAUUCUCUCGCUUCUGCGUUCAGAAGCACCACCAACGCGGCAUCAUGCGUUCCCUAGUGAUCGUGAGUGUAGUUCUCGGCGUUGCCUUCGGUCAGGGAUUUCCUCGCGAUACGCCAGAGGUACAGGCAGCCCGCGACGCCUUUAUCAGGGAAUACAACCGCCUGGCGGAGCUGGCAGAACGAGCCCCUGACAUCCACAUCUACGAGCAAAGGCCACUGCUUCCAGGACAGACCCGUCCAGUGCCUGUUCCUGCCUUCAAUGACUUCUCUUUCUCGGCCAACCUAGGAGGUAACCAGCAAUUUGUGCCCGGCCCUAACACCUUCCCCUCCGCUGGGCAUCUGGCUGGGCACUUGGCAGGACACCAUGCAGGACACAAUGUCCCUGCUCCCAGGCCCGCAGCACCCCGGCCUUCUGCCCAUCGCUUCUCUCCUCCUUCAGACUACUCCCCUCCCUGGACGGGGCCGCUAGCAGAUGAUGUCCCCGCAGGCGUCAGUGGUAGAACACAGGACACCCCAAAUGUUGCAGCAGCCAAGGCCGCCCACUUCCGUGCCCACGCCUCUGUCCUGGGUAUAAGGGUGUGAGGAAGAACCAGCAUCAUUAGGUCAAAUACUUUUUCUUCUUCAAGCAAGUCAGGCCAACCGUCAGUAUACCAGGGUCUAGGGAACUCUGAGGAGGCCUAGAGGCAGUCCCUGAGUCCCGUGCCAAAGAGUCAUAGCUUCUGGAAGUUCUAUAUCUUUUGUAAAAUAUUCUUCAGCAGCGCUGUAUAGUCC